AUGGCUGAAAUGAGUACUAAUGUUACAAAUAGUUUAUCAAUAUUAGUAACACGAUUUGUAUGUAUUAGUGACAAUCAUGAUAAUUAUGAUUUCACUCUUCCAGAUGGUGAUAUACUACUUCAUUCAGGUGAUUUUACUCGUAAUGGAACAGAAAAAGAAAUUGAAACAUUUUUAAAUUGGUUAAAAACUUUAACUCAAUAUCGUUUAAAAAUAAUUAUUGUUGGUAAUCAUGAAUCUAAACGAUUUUAUACAAAGAAACGAUAUAAAAAAUUUCCAUUAGUAAUUGAACAAUUAAAAACUGAUAAAUCAUUAGUUACAGAUUAUGGUAUUGUCUAUCUUCAAGAUCAAACAUUUCAUGAUCCGAUAACUGGAUGGAAAUUUUACGGAAGUGGUUGGUUAUCUGAACAAUGUAAAGAUCCAGAAGAAAUACGUCGUCAUUGGUCUAAAAUACCAAUCGAUACAGAUAUUCUUCUUACACACGGUCCACCCUCUUCUAUUUUAGAUCAAUCAAGCAAUACAUAUCAUCUUGGUUGCAAAGAAUUACUUAACUCAAUAUUAAAUAUUGUUAAACCAAAACUUCACGUUUUUGGUCAUGUACAUAGAGGAUAUGGACAAUAUAAAAAUGAUCUUGAAUUAGGAAGAACAUUAUUUGUUAAUGCUUCCUUGUGUGAUAGCUAUUUUCGUAUUGCUCAUUCACCAAUCGUGAUUGAUUUAAGUAAAGAUAAAUAG